AUGUUCGGGGGGAGGAAAGAGUUUACCAUAUGUUACAAUGAAAGCAAGCCUAUAUCCAACACAUUCUGGCAAUCAACAAACCCUGCCAUGAAUAAGCUUCCUAUAUUUCUGACCCAAUUAAGUCUCCUCAUUGCAAUCACUCGUGUUUUUAUGAUUAUCCUCAGACCUCUUCGCCAACCUCGCUUUCUUUCUGAGCUUCUUGCUGGGAUUCUGCUGGGUCCAAGCGUGCUAGGAAAUCUAGGGUGGGUAGCAAAUCAUAUCACUCCUUUCGAGGCGAGUUUGUUUCUGGAGACAAUGGCCAACCUGGGGGUAACUUUCUAUAUGUUUCUGGUGGGGCUGGAGAUGGACAUAACCCCACUUCAAAAAAUGGGGAAAACAGCCUUUAGCGUUGCCAUUGCUGGUAUUAUUUUUCCCCUCAUUGCAGGAGUGGGAUUACACGCCACGAUACUGAAACACCAAACAAGUGUACGCGCACCUGAGAUGGGUGCAUACUUCUGGUCCAUUGCCCUUAGCCUUACCAGCUUUCCCGACCUGGCUCGAGCACUUUCAGACCAUAAGCUAAUGUACACGGAUCUUGGUAAAACCGCAUUGACUGCAGCCGCUGUUUGUGACCUAUCAUGCUGGAGUCUCCUGGUGGUAGCUGUAUGUAUAAUCAGUGGGAGAAAUGAAUUGCACAUUGCAAUCCCAGUGAUGGUGUGCAUGGCAAGCUUGUGGUUUGUGUUGCGCCCAUAUAUCCGUAAGAUAGCCAAAAAGAUUUCCCAACGCAGCAAAGAUGCACCGAUUCCGGAUAACCACAUAUAUUUCAUUCUAUCACUAGUGCUCCUCUCGGGUUUUAUCACAGAAUUAUGUGGUGCACAUUCCAUGUUUGGAGCUUUUAUGCUUGGACUGAUGAUACCCGGUGGAAAGCUUGGGGCUAGCAUCAAGGACAAAGUUGAAGAGUUCAUAAUGGGGAUUCUGUUGCCCCCUACAUUCUUGAUUAUUGGCGCUAGGACCAAUUUCGUUUUUAUAUUUGCCGAUGUUUCUAUAGGAAUGGUGCUCUUAGUUAUACUUCUGGCUUCCCUUGCUAAGAUUGUAAGUACUCUACUUGUCUGCCUCUACUUCAAGUUCCCAAUGCGGGAUGGUUUGGCCCUUGGAGUCCUCAUGAACACCAAAGGAGUUCUUGCGCUCAUUGUUCUUAAUGAAGGACGAAACAUGCAGGGUUUUGACCAACAAACAUUUACAUGGAUUAUGGCUGCCAUCUUUCUCAUGACCAUCAUUACAGGUCCGAUAGUGAGUUGGACUCACAAUUCUGCAAGGCAUUUGAGGCCAUACAAUCAUAGAAACUUAGAGAGAAGUAAACCAGACGCACCACUUCGAGUUCUUGUUUGCGUUCAUUCCACCAGGAAUUUACCGGGCUUGAUCAGUCUCUUGCAAAAUUCAAAUGCCACAAGAAAUUCCCCAAUUACUGUCUUUGCUGCUCAUUUGGUUGAGCUCACACGAGCAUCUGCAAUGCUGAUUUUCCAUGACAAAAAUAAAACCGUGGAUACUGAAAUCAAUACCACUCGGGAAAAAGCCGAGGCUGAGCAGAUUGUCAGUGCCUUUGAAUCUUUUGAGAGAGACAACCCUGCGGCAGCUGUUCAGCCUCUAACAGCAGUGUCCCCUUACGCCACCAUGCACGAGGAUGUCAACAACUUUGCACUAGACAAGUUUGCCAGUAUCAUUUUGAUCCCAUUUCACAAGCGACCCGAUGGGGUUGGUGGAUGGACAGAUGAAAACAUUGAGCAUAAGCAAGUGAACCAAAACUUGUUAGCAACUUCCUCCUGUUCCAUUGGUUUACUUGUGAAUCGUGGCCUAAUGGGUGUUUCAGAAUCGCAAAAAGACACGCAGGAGUGUCAUGUUGCCAUGUUUUUCAUCGAGGGACCUAACGACCGGGAGGCCUUAGCUUAUGCCUGGAGAAUGGCAGGAAAUCCACGCCUAAUACUUACCUUAGUCCGAUUCGUUCCAGGAAAAGAUGUUUCAGAGUUGAGUGAAGGGGUGGAAGAAGAUGAUCAUGAGAUAUUCACAACAACAUUUGAGAGAGAGAAGCAGAAGCAGCUUGAUGAUGAUUAUGUGAAUGAGUUCAGGUUCAGGACAAUGCAUGAUCAAUCUAUAGCUUAUGUGGAAGAACUAGUUAACAGCGGUGACGAGAUCAUAUCCACCAUAAAUACUGCUUACAGUGAUUUCAAUUUGUACGUAGUAGGAAGAGCGCAUGGUAAAGCAUGUCCAUUGACAGCAGGGCUAUCCAACUGGAGUGAUUCCCCAGAACUGGGGCCGCUCGGGGAGGCGUUGGUUUCAUUGGAUUUUGAGUCACCACCUUCUGUUUUGGUUGUCCAGCAAUCUGCUCUUCUCUCAACUGGAUCUAGUAAACACAAUUAA